UUUCCAUUUACAUAUAAUAUAUGUUCCUUCUUACUACUUGAACAUUAAUCAUUUACUUGUAUUCUUCAACAAAUAUAUUUGACGUCUUUCUAUAACAAAAAGAUGGUUGAAUUUGAAGAAUACAAGAAGGAAAAAGAAGACGAAGAAGAAGAUAUAAGCUAUGAUGAACUUAAGAAGCGAAUGUGGAAGGACCGGAUGAGGUUACAGAAGCUCAAGGAGAAGGGAUUAGAAGAAGAGAUUGAUGCAAACUCAAAGUCACAGACAAAGGCAAAGCAACAGCAAUAUUUAUGUCAAAGGAAAAAGAUGUCCAAAGCUCAAAAUUCUAUUCUCAAGUACAUGGUAAAAAUCAUGGAGGUAUGCAAAGGUCAAGGUGUGUAUGGGAUUGUAUCAGAGAAGGGGAAGUUGGUGAGUGGCUCUUCAGAUAGCUUGCAAGAAUGGUGGAAGGAGAAAGUGAGAUUUGAGCAAAAUGCCUCUAUUGCUAUUGCUGAAUCCUUGUCAAAAUUAGUAGAGGAGAACAUCUUGGAUCCUAAUUCCUCAUUUAUGUGUCUUCUUGAAGAAUUGCAAGACACUACUUUGAGCUCAAUUCUUUCUGCUCUUAUGCAACAUUGCAUCCCUCCACAAAGGAGGUUCCCUUUGGAGAGAGGUUUAGCCCCACCUUGGUGGCCAGGGAAUGAGCUUUGGUGGGGCAAUCAAGGAUUGGCUCAAGAACAAGGUCCACCACCUUAUAGGAAGCCCCAUGGUUUGAAGAAAGCGUGGAAAGUAAGUGUUUUGGCUGCAAUUAUCAAACACAUGUCUCCUGAUUUGGGCAGGAUGAUGAGAUUGGUGAAGCAAUCCAAGAACUUGCAAAACAAGAUGACAGCUAAAGAAACAUCUACUUGGGCUAAAGUUGUUAACCAAGAAGAAGCCCUUCUCAAGUUAACUAAAAGGGCUCUCAAGAUUUCAACAUCCAGAGAGGAAGAAAAUAAGGAUAAACAAGAAUUAAAUAUUGCUUUUGUUCCCCAAAUCUUGAGAAAAAAUGACAAGAGGAAGUCCAGCUUUGAGCAUGAUGUCAACACGGAGGAUGUAUUGUAUGCAUGCCAAAACUUGAACUGCCCACAAAGUCAACUAGGCACGGGAUUUGUGGACAAGAAUUCAAGAAUUGAACAUGAGUCAAGUUGUUCCUAUGGUGACAAAAAGUGAUCAAAAUAACCAAGAAAGUAUCCAUGAUGCGGACCAACUUAAUAUGUCCAUUAGCAACUUUUCUAGCUUGAUUGGAUCACAAAUGAAGUUACAAGAAGAAAUGGAAAUCACUCUCCAACAAGA